AUGUCUUCGAGCUACACCCACAUGACGAUGGCCACCCGAAUCUUUCUAGAUGGGCCGGAAUACGUGGAACGAACCCAGACAGAGUUUCAUCCCCCCGACAUCGACAUGCAGGCCCUAAAGGAUGCCAUACCCAAGAUCGCUUUCCAGCGCAGCACUCCAAAAUCUUUGCUGUAUACAUCUCCUAUCUUUACGGUGUCCGCCGUGCUCUUCUUCUUGAGCAGAUUCAUCGACUCUGCAUAUCUAUCGGAUGGUCUUGAUCGGUAUCCACCCUUCAUUCUCCUCUUAAUCCGCUGGACAUUUUGGUUGUCGUACUGGGCUCUACAAGGGAUAGCAUGGGCAGGCUUGUGGACCAUAGGUCACGAAUGUGAUCAUAACAACUUGUCACCGCAUAGCGGGGUUAAUCAUGUGAUCGGAUUUUUGUGUCAUACAUGGUUGUUCCUACCGUACUUCUCGUGGCGCAUAACCCAUCUACGGCACCACAGCUAUACUGGAUCCUUGGAGAACGAUGAGGUGUACGUUCCAUACACGCGGUCAGCUUAUAGACUUCCACCUCUAGGAAAAACCAGACGGGCACAGUAUCGCGAGGCGUUUGAGGAAAGCCCAAUAUUUGAGCUCAGUCGCCUUGUCAUUAUGCAAUUCUUCGGCAUGCAUACAUAUUUGACGUGUAAUACCACGGGUUCCAAGCGCUACCCAGCGGGUGCAAACCACUGGAUUCCCUCCUCGGGCCUCUUUAGCCCGGAGCAGCGAUCACAAGUAUUAGCAUCUAAUCUUGGUAUCCUCGGAAUGCUUGCAUUCGUUUGGGUGUGGGCGUGCUACAGCUCCUUUUCGGAGGUCUGCAAAGUUUACAUCGUUCCUUUUUUGUUUGCUAACCACUGGAUUGUGGCAAUGACCUUCUUACAACACUCUUGCCCGACCGUUCCAUUCUACCGCAAAGAGGCUUGGAACAAAGCGAGAGGAUCUCUCUCUACUAUCGACAGGCCAUUCCUCGGGUGGGUUGGGCUCAUCUUCUUCCUCGGACUCAACCAUUACCAUACAACGCAUCAUCUUUUCUCAACGAUACCAUUUUACAACUUGCCGAUGGCGCACAAGGCCAUUCGACCUCUUCUUGGAGAUAUGUAUAACUACGACUCAACCGGCGUUUUCUGGGCUUUGAAGCGGUCAUUCACAGAGUGCAUAUUUGUGGAGGACGAAGGAAGCGUCCUAUUCUACAAGAACAAGUUGGGCAUGCACAAACGUUCUAUGGUUAUCGGAACGGCUGGAGGUCAAGCGCAGAGCUCAUGA